AUGUACCUGCCCACCAUCAACGAGGUGAUCCGCGACCUGGACACCAGCGAGGAGAUGGUGGCCUGGACCCUCUCAGUCUAUGCCCUCGGCAGGGCGCUGUUUCCCAUGUGGUGGGGUCCGCUCAGCGACCGACACGGCCGGCGAGCUGUGCUCCUCGUUGGAUUUGCCAUCUUCUGCGCCGCUGGCGCCUUCUCAGCGUAUGCAUGGAAUGUAGAGCUGCUCAUUGGUGGCCGAGUGUUCCAGUCUUUGGGACUAUCGGCCGCCGGCGUGGUCGGCGCUGGCUCACUGGCCGACGGUUGGUACUCGGCGAUGGCGCUCACAGGAGCAGUGGUGGGACCUGCGCUCGGUGGAUUCGUGGGUCAGUACUUCGGCUGGCGCGCAAUCUUCGGGUCUAUGGCCGUCGCGGCUGGCCUACUUAUGAUCCUUAUGGUGUUCUUCCUGCCCGAAACGCUGCCAAUAUCAGGACCUCGGCGCUCGGCCAACCCAAUUCACGCCCUCAAGCUCUUCCUUGAUCCCUCGCUUCUCGUCCUGAUCCAAAUGAAAAGCCUGUACGGGCUGACUGACUCAGAGAUCGGGCUGGCCUACGUCCCGUUUGGCCUGGCCACCGUCUUGGGCACCCUCCUGGGUGGCAAGGCAGCCGAUGCGUGCUUCCGCGUCAAGGGCCUGGGCGGUCGGCUCAUACCGUCACUCUUCGGAGCUCUGUGCACCAUCGGAGCACUCAUGAUGUUCGCGUUCACAAUUGAGUGGUCCUACUGGUUGUCAAUGGCAUCCGUCGCUCUAGUGGGCUUCCUGCUAACCUUCACCCGCACCGGCUUUUCCACCUUUGCCGUCGAGCAACGGCCACAGAGCGCGGCCAGUGUGCAGGCGUGCAUCAGCUCGUUUUCGAGCCUGAGCGGCUUCGUGGUGCUCAACGCCGGUCCGGUGGUCAUCGCACGGACCUCGAUACGGUGGGCCUUCUCAGGCUACUCGCUGCUCAUCGUCGCCGUUUGCGCGCCGCUCAUCUUCCUCCUGUGCUCGUGGCUGGGCGUCGAGAAAGUCGAAGACAAAGACAAGCCACUCGACCUCUCCGCAGCAACCGCCUUCGGUGACCACGACGAACUGGCGACCAUUUCCGAAACUACACCACUGAAGCUAGCAGCCUUCGCCACUCUGCGGAGUUAA